AUGUUGGAAGUUUUGAAAACUGUAUUCGAAAUUAAAUUAAAAUAUAAAUUACCUGAUUGUGCUGCUACUGCUACAAAUUUGUCAAGGAUUCCGAAAACACUAGACGGAAUGAAUAAAAUGUCAUCUGACCAGCUUGUAUAUCCUACUACAGCGCAGUCAAGGGCGGAGUAUUCGGAAAUGUAUGAUAUUCAUCAUGAGUUUUUACAACACCUCGAAAAGGAGAAAUGGAUUGAAAACCAAGCAUGCCGAAUGUAUAUAAUGUCAUCUGACCAGCCUGUAUUUCCUACUACAGCGCGGUCAAAGGCGGAGUUUUUGAAAAUGCAUGAUUUUCAUCAAGAGUUUUUACAACUCUUCGAAAAGGAGAAAUGGAUUGAAAAUACUGUCGAAAAUGCAAUUAUUGAUGAAAAUCACAUCAUGUUCGGCAUCGGAAGCAAUAUCGUGGACGACCACGAUGAUCGACUGGAACAUAAACAAAUGCCGAACAUUCUGUGA